CUAUUGGAAUGUUCUGCGAUCACCAAGACUGCUUCAAUCGUCAGUCUAUGCCAGCGUCACAACAUUGAGAUUGUGUUGCAACCUCAAGCCCUGUACGUGGCUCACAGGACCCCGGGUUUAGCUGUAUUCGAUAUGGACAGUACUUUGAUUCAGCAAGAAGUUAUCGAUGAAUUGGCUCGCGCUGUGGGCCGUUACGCCCAAGUCUCUGCCAUCACGGAAGCCGCCAUGCGUGGAGAAGCCCCGUACACUGACUUUGAGGCGUCUCUGCGCGCUCGCGUUGGCCAUCUCGCUGGUGUACCUGUCUCCAUCUGGCAACAUCUACGUGCUGGCAUCAUCUCAUUCACCCCAGGAGCUCGUGAGCUGAUACGCGUACUCCGCAAGCUUGGCUGGAAGACUGCUGUGCUAAGCGGUGGCUUCACACCCCUGGCUGAAUGGGUACGACAAGAAUUGGGCUUGGAUUACUGUUAUGCCAAUCACCUGGUCGAGAUGGACGGUAAUCUGACAGGCGAGCUGGUUGAGGGUAUGCCCAUUAUCCAUGCUGAGAAGAAGCGUGAAUUGCUUUCCUCUAUCGCCGAAAAGGAAAACAUUCCGUUGGAAAAUGUUAUUGCUGUUGGCGACGGAAGCAACGACCUGCUGAUGAUGCACCAGGCUGGUCUUGGAAUCGCGUUUAAUGCAAAGCCCAAGGUUCAAACGCAAGCUCCUACAAAGAUCAACGCC